UAUGACCAUCUUAUCCCAUUCCAAUUCCUAUCAUCAAUGUUGAUAACCAUUCAUUUGUGAGCAUAAAAAAAAUGGCUUCCCUUCCCGACUCGACUGUUAUCGAACGUUCCCGAGUAUCGCCACCACCGGCGACAAUAGGGGACAAGUCGUUGUCGCUUACUUUCUCCGACUUCUUGUGGCUACGCCAUCCUCCGGUUCACUAUCUUUUCUUCUAUGAACUCUCGGUCACCGAAACUCAAUUCGUGGAAACAUUCGUUCCACGUCUUAAACACUCGUUAUCAACGACUCUUCAAUACUUUUAUCCUUUUGCUGGUAACUUAAUCGUAUUUCCCACUCCUAAACCACCCGAAAUUCGUUAUGUUGAAGGUGAUUCUGUCGAAGUUACUUUUACAAAAAGUGACCUUGAUUUUAAUGAAUUAACCGGAAACCACCCUCGGAACUGUGACAAGUUUUACCAUCUUAUGCCACUUUUGGGCGAGCCUACAAAAACAUCGAAUUACUUAAAAAUCCCACUCUUUUCGGUUCAAGUAACAUUAUUUCCACACCAUGGCAUCUCUAUAGGGAUGACAAAUCACCAUAGCCUCGGUGACGCUAGCACGCGAUCGUUUUUCUUGAAAGCGUGGACCUCGAUUGCUAAAUUUGGCACCGAUGAGACAUUUCUAGCUAAUGGAACUUUGCCGGUCUACGAUAGAUUGGUCCAAAACCCAAAACUAGAUGAAAAUUAUCUAAGGUUUGCUAAAAUUCAAAGCCUGUAUGACGAAUACACAACUCAAAGCCUAUCUGGCCCGAAUAAUAAACUUCGGGCCGCAUUUAUCUUGACAAAAAAUGUCAUAGAUGAGUUGAAACGAACCGUUUCAACCCAACUCCCAACAUUAUCAUAUGUAUCGUCUUUUACUGUCACAUGUGCUUAUAUUUGGAGUUGCAUCGCAAAAGUACGCAACGAUGACGAAUCACAAAUUUUUGGCUUCGCCAUCGACUGCAGGACACGAAUAAUUCCCCCGGUCCCAGCCGCCUACUUUGGCAACUGUUUAGGGGGAUGUAUGGCAAACGAAAAAACAAGUUUGUUAAAAAAAGAAAAACAAGGAUUCUUGGAAGCUGCAAAAUUGAUUGGAGAAAGUCUACAUAAGGCCUUGGCUGAAACGGGCGGAAUCGUGACAAAUAUGGAAAGUUUAUUUGACGAUUUCUUAACCGUACCAACGAUUAUUGGGGUUGCAGGAACACCAAAACUCAAAGUUUAUGAUAUGGAUUUCGGGUGGGGGGACCCGAAAAAAGUUGAAACGAUUUCCAUCGAUUAUUCUUUGUCGAUUUCUAUGAAUGCCUGCAGGGAAUCAAACCAAGAUUUGGAAAUUGGUAUUUCCCUUUUGGCUAAUGAGAUGGAGGAUUUUGUUCGCGUAUUUCACGAUGGGUUAAAAACUUAUGUUUAGUUUAAUUCAUUGUAACGUUUGUGGUAUCCGAGACCAUAAGAUAAGAUCCUAUAAAAUAUUUCUGUUAUAGUUGGUUUA